UAAAAACAUAGAUAUUGGGCAAACAGCGCAUCAGUCAACCUUUGCAGCUCAGGCAGUUCAAAGUCAAAAUGCAGCAUCUUGUCGUUCUAAUGUGCCUGGUGGCCCUCACAGUAGCAGUGCCUCAGGGAUACAAGUACCAGCCCCAGGUGCCUGUCCUUCCCAUCGGCAACCUUCGUCCCCAGACACCCGUGUCGGCAAGUGGAAUAUAUGCAGGUGCCCCCGUAUCAACUCAGAUCAAUGUCCACGGCCAGCAAGCACCCAUUCAAGCUGUGCAGACCAUCGCUCCUGCUUCUAUUCCUGCUCCUUUACCAAUCGGCCUACCACAGCAGCCUGCCAUUAGUUCACUGCCCCAGCAAAACCUGAUCAGUACUGUGUUGCAGCAGCAGCCUCAGCAGAUCGUCUACCAGCAGCAGCCGCAGCAAAUCCUUCACUCCCAGUACGUCCAACGACCUGCGAUCGUGACUAAGGACAUCUAUAUCCACUCCGCUCCCGAGGAGACUGAGGAGCUUCGGCAAGACGAGCCACAGCUGGAGAACGUCCCCAUCCGCAAGAACUACCGGAUUGUUUUCAUCAAGGCGCCGUCCCAAAACCUAAAGUACACCGCCGCCGCACUAAAGCGGGCCCAGUCCAGCAAUGAGGAGAAGACCGUCAUCUAUGUGCUCUCCAAGAAGCCUGAUCUUACAGAGAUCCAGCAGCAGUUGCAGGUCACUCAGUCCGAGGCCAAGGUUCACAAGCCUGAGGUCUAUUUUAUCAAGUACAAAACCCAGGAAGAGGCCCAGCGCGCCCAGCAGGAGAUCCAGGCCCAGUACGACGCGCUGGGCGGUGCCACUCAUAUCUCGGAUGAGGGCGUGGCCCCCAUCACCAGCGUUUCGAGUGGUUCCCUCAACCUGCAGAGCUUUGGGCCCCAGCAGUCCCAGGUGCCCACUGUUCAGUUGCCAGUUUUGAGCCAGGGCAUUCAGCAGCAGAGCUCCUUUGUGCAACAGUCUACCGCAUCGUUUGCACCCUCGGCUCCUUCCAGGAAGUAUGUGCCAGUUAAGGCUUUCAAAUGAGUUUUACCUACUCCACAUACUAUCGCUUCCAUUUUUGCUUUUAUUCACCAUACUGUAGCUCAUUUUAAUUUAUUUCAAAUGCGAAAGUCAAGAAAAAUAAAGAAACAUAUUUAGUGAAACUCAAAUGUCUUCAGAGUGGUCGUACGUAAAAUAAAAUAUUUCGAAAAUUCAAA